ACAAAUCCAUAAAUUACUCUAGCCACACCCCCUGAACACUGAACUUGUGAAUAGCUAAAGUUUAAAGAAUAUCAAGAUGAGUGGUAUACUAGACUCCAUGAAGUCAGCUUUUAGCACAUCAGGAGAGGAUGAGAGUGACACAUCUGGCAUUUUCUCAAAUCCUAGGCAAAGUGGUUUAGGCCUACCCAAGCUCUCUCUGAAGCAGAGGAUCAUUGGAUUUUGUAUCUCUAUCACCAUAGCAGCAGCCUUCGGUAUUCUUGCAUGUCUCUUAGUUCUUAUUCCGGGGGCUGGCCUUACCCUAUUUGGCAUCUUCUUUACUAUCAGCACAAUAGCUGGCCUGUUCUGCACCUUUUUCCUAGUGGGGCCAAUAGAGCAAGCAAAGAAGAUGUACGACCCAAAGAACCCGAUUGGGAUGGCAGUGAAGAUCAUCUGCGCCAUUACUCUUGUCCUCAUGUUUGCUCUGGCUUUUUGUGCAGUGUUCUGGUGGAACGUUCAACUUCUUUCUCUUUUGUUUUGCAUCGGAGAAUUUGUGGCUCUCGUCAUAUAUUCAAUCACACUUAUUCCAUUUGCCACAACACUUAUUCAUCGUGGUGUGAGGAGUAUGACAUGACCAGGAGCCAUUAUCAACUAUAAUUAUGUGUGUUGAUCCAAAAUCUAUAUAAUGUGUUAUGUUGUCUUAUUAAUUAUUAUUAUGCUGUAACCACAAUUCAAUUACUAUUUUAAUAUAAUUAUACUUCAUGUAAAUUG